AAACAAACCUUGAUUCGAUUAUGGAUAAAUCAGGCUUUAUGGAAAGAAGACGUGUGAAAAGCAUCGCGGCUGACAAUGAGUGCGGCGACGAGCUACAGCCAAUGAGGACGAAUGGCAAAGAGAGCGGCGACGAGCUACAGCCAAUGAGAGCGACUGGCAAUGAGUACAGUAACGAGCUAUAGCCAAUGAGAGUGCAGGACGCAGAGGUUGAGGGGAAACCCGGGGGAGGAGUCACAUGCAAAGUUCACGUUACAUGAAUUCUUCAGAUCGCUACACAACAUUGUAACUAUGGCAGCAAUAAGAGACCGGCGCUCUUUUUGGACCCAAGAAAUGGAAGAAAGUUUGGUUGAACUUUGGCAGGAGCACCAAUGCCUUUUUGAUGUUUCCGACGACCUGUACCACAACCGAACCGAGAAAGAGAAGAGGUGGACAGAAAUAGCCAAUUCUCUUCAACGGCCAGUUGAGGAGGUUAAGACCAGGGCAAUGUCCCUGCGAACUCAGUACUCAAGGCUGAUAAAACCGAAACCGAUUGACAAUCAGAACAAACCUUUGACAUGGAGGCAAAAGUGGCUUCUCAGGGUCAUGGAUUUCAUAAAGCAUUACAUCGUUCACCGUCCUUGUGAGAGCGCUCUUCAUGUGUCAUUCAGUGAUCUGGACGACACGGAACAUCAGGAUAAUCUUACAGAUUUACUCGGACAAUCUUCAGUCAAGGGUCCGCAGUCAAGACCUGGCACACCAUCAGCCGGUCCUGCCUCCCCCCCUGAAUGGUUGAAUAAAGAAGCUUCCCCAGCAGCAGCUGAUGAAGCUCCUUCACCUGUCCCAUCAACUUCCAGCAGGGAGGUGCGAGAGGAGUCAAGUGCAAGGGGAGUCAAGCGCAAGAGGAGGUCAGAAUCUAAUGUAGAGCAGCAGAAGCUUUUCGUUCUAAAGCAAAUGGCAGCAAAAUUUGAUGCUGAUCCAGUUCCUGAUGCAUUUACUACAUUUGGAAACCAUGUAGCAUGUGAAUUAAGGCAACUGCAAGACCCAGCAAAUCUGACAAAAUUAAAAAGGGACAUCAUUAAUAUGAUAUAUGAUGCUCAGGACACUGAAAGGAGUAAAUCAUCGUCCUCAUCCACACCACCAGCGCUGUGCACAUUCCAACCGAUCAUUCCAUCUCCACUACCAACAGAGUCCCAACCAGCGAGUCUCCAAACUACGUUUUGUGACGAAAACACACGCGAGAAGUGGCACGCGGAAAUGACGCAAUCCCAUGCAUCGAGUGGGAUUUUUUCUUCUCCCAAAAUGGAUGCCCAAAACAGACGGGCAAUCCAAGUACUUUGUGCACUCGAUUGCAAUGAAAAACCAAGGAAGAGAAAGAGAAGAACAUGGGUGAGACAGUGGCUUGAGAUAAGCAGGCAGCAGGGAGUGUCUGUUCUGCAGAGAGAGUUGGAGAUGCAUGAUAAGACUGGGUUCAGGGAGUUGCUGUGUAUGACAGCAGAGGAGUUUGAUUUCAUGCUGGGGAUGGUCGAACACCUCAUUACCAAACAGGACACCAAACUGAGACUGGCUAUAUCCCCGAGAGAGCGUUUGGCUUUGACCCUGAGGUUCUUGGUAACAGGUGAAUCAUUCAGGUCACUCGGGUUCCAGUACAGGAUUGGGACCAGCACUCUUUCGCAGAUUGUCAUGGAGACCUGUGCUGCUGUGUACCAGGUCAUGAAAAAUGACUUCCUGAAGACACCAUCAACGGAGGCAGAGUGGCGGACAAUAGCCCAGGACUUCGAAGUCAAGUGGCAGUUUCCACAUUGCCUUGGUGCGCUUGAUGGAAAAUGCAUCAAUAUACAAUUUCCAGUAAAAAGUGGCAGCCUUCACCAUGAUUACAAGGGCAGGUCCUCUGUGGUAAUAACGGCUGCUGUGGAUGCGAACUACAGAUUCAUCUACGCAAGUGUGGGUACACAAGGUAGCGUCUCAGACUCUGGGGUUUUCACUCACUCUGACCUGUGCAAAGCAAUGGACCAGAGCCUGCUGAACUUUCCUCUGCCUGAACCAUUGCCCAACUCUGACAUAAUGAUGCCGUACAUGUUUGUGGCCGAUGAUGCGUAUCCUUUAAGGAAUGACCUCAUGAAGCCAUAUCCAAUCAGGAAGAUGGAUCACAGUCAUAGGGUGCUAAACUAUCGUCUCUCUAGAGCACACAGGGUUGUAGAAAAUGCAUUUGGCAUUCUUGCGAACAGGUUGAGGGUUUUCAGGUGCAGCCUGUGCUUGGAGCCAGAGAAGGUGGUUAAGCUAACUAUGGCCUCCCUCUGCAUCCAUAAUUUUCUCUGUGAACGCAAGUCUGAGGCAUAUAUACCUCCAGGCUUUGCAGAUUGGGAGAACGCUGACCACAAAAUAUUUGAUGGAUCCUGGAGGAGUCAAGGGAUUGGGAUUUUACAGCCAGUGAGGCACGGAAAAGACCACGACCCAACAGUCACUGCACAAUCUCAACGUGACAUCCUGAGUGAUUAUUUUCUCUCUCCUGCAGGCCACAUUCCUUGGCAGGAGGAGCACAUUUAGUAUUGUAGGGAUGUCGCAGUUAUUUUCUUAAAUUUAUGUGAAUGUGAAUUGACAUAAAUGUUCUUGUGAGAUGUAUGUGUAUAUACAGUUAUGUGCAAAAUAAUAGUAGUGUGUUUAAAACAACAGAGGAAAAGUUCCAUGGUCCUAAUAGCAUUUAUUUCCAUAUAUACAAAGGCACUAGGAGCCGUGCACAUUCAAUUCCAAACGAAAACAUGAACAAUUUGUUCUUCUCUUUUUUUUGUUUUUUACUGAAAAUGAAGAAAAAGAAUAUUAGGUUGUUCAAAAAAAUUGCAGUGUCUGCAUUUUCAUUUACAAACUGGAAUAUUUACAGUAUAAACUGAAAAUGAAAUGACGAGCUUUAGCUUUUCCUUUAAGCACUGAACUAAUAUUUAGUUGUAUAACCAUUAUUUCUGAUCACUGCUUUACAUCUGUGUGGCAUGGAGUCAACUAACAUUUGACACCUGCAAACAGAAAUUGCAGCCCAAGCUGACUGGACUUCAUUCCACAGAUCUUCUGCAUUCUUGGGUUUUGCACCAAAAACAGAAUUUUUGAGGUCACUCCACAAAUUCUCAGUCGGAUUGAGGUCCGGGGAUUGGACUGGCCACUUCAUGACAUCAAUCUUUUUGGUCUUCAACCAGGAUGUUGCCCGCUUGCUGGUGUGUUUGGGGUCGUUGUCCUGCUGAAACACCCAUUUUAAGGGCAUUUCUUCCUCAGCAUAAAGCAACAUGACCUCUUCCAGUAUUUUUAGGUACUGAAACUGGUCCAUGGUGCCUGUUAUGCGAUAAAUGGGCCCCACUCCAAAGUAUGAGAAACAUCCCCAAACCAUUAUGCUUGCACCGCCAUGUUUUACGGUCUUCACAGUGUACUGUGGCUUGUAUUCAGUAUUUGGGGGUCGUCUUACAAACUGUCUGCGGCCUUUAGACCCAAUAAGCACAAUCUUGCUCUCAGCUGUCCAUAGAAUAUUGCGCCACUUCUCUUUAGGCCAGUCAAGGUGUUCUUUGGCAAACUGUAACCUUUUCAAUACAUGUAUUUUUUUCAGCAGUGGUACUUUACGAGGGUUUCUUGCAAAUAGUUUGGCUUCACAUAGGCGUCUUCUGAUUGUUGAAGUACUCACAGGUAAAUGGAGAUCUUCUUUGAUCUCUCUGGAGCUGAUCAUUGGAUGCUUUUUUGCCAUUCUUGUUAUUCUAUGAUCUACGCGGAUGGUAGUAUUCCUUUUUAUAUUUUCUUUCCCAUUUCAAAGCAUUUGAGAUCUUUUUAGCUUAGCAGCCAAUUAUUUUCUGCACUUCUUUUCCCCUCUCCAAUCAACUUUUUGAUCAAAGUUCUUUCUCCCUCAGUGCAAUGUCUGGAACGACCCAUUUUACUCUCUGAGCAAGGGCUAAAACCAGCAGGUACAACAUCUGUCGCCUUCCUUCCUUAAAUAAGGGCCAUAAUUGACACCCAUUUCUUCACAGAUUGAAUGAUCUCCCCAACUGAUCUCUGCACUGCUAUUAAUUUGAACACAUCCCUUUCAUUAAAUGAGUCAAUUACCCUCAAUUAGCAGCAUGCAUGUCAUGUCUGUUAAGUCUGUUGGUUGGCCAUUACUCUGCUAUACCUAGUCAUGAAUUUGUUCCCAUGUUGUAUCAUAAUUUCUGCCAAAAUCAGUACUUAAACACAUAAGUAAUGUUAGACUGCUAUUAUUUUGCACAUAACUGUAUGUCACAGUCAGAUGUGUGUGUGUAUAAUGCGUAUGCUUUGUGAUGUGAUUGUUUCAAUUGUCUAUUCAGACGAUGACAACCAGAACAUUGUAGAUUCAAACAUGGUCAUCUUCCCAUAUAAAGUCCUGGUCUAACACCUU